CAAAAUCAGGAGAGUCAGCGGGUUAUUGAAUUUGAAUUCGUAACGGCCAUCUUCUUAUUAACCCCUCCCUCACCGACAGUUCACAGUCGAAGCAAUCUCUCUCUUUCACUCCAAUUCGUCAGAGAAGAAGAACAAACAAUGGCGACUCUCACUCCGGGAAUCCUCCUGAAGCUCCUCCAGACCAUGAACUCAGCCACCAGAGUCACCGGCGACCACCGCUCCCCGCUCCUCCAAGUCACCGGCAUAGUCCCCGCGCUCGCCGGCGCCGCCGACCUCUCGCCCAACCACGGCUUCUACGUCCAGCUCUCCGACUCCCUCAACUCCACCUACGUCUCCCUCUCCGACCGAGACACCGACCUCAUCCUCUCCAACCGCCUCCAGCUCGGCCAAUUCGUCCACAUCGACCGCCUUGAUUCCGACUCCCCUGUUCCUAGGGUUUGCGGCAUCCGCCCCAUCGCCGGACGCCACGCCUUCGUCGGCGCCCCCGAGCCGCUCGUCGCUCGGAUCUCGUCAUCCUCGAGAAAGGAAUUCGUGAUCCAGCCUGUCGAAUCGGCCUCGGAUUCCUCCAUCGCCCCCUAUUUGUCCAGCAGAAAUUCCGACGAUUCGGCGAAGGGCGACGAUGGAAGGAAGUUCGAGAAGAGCGUUAGGACAGCGGCGGUGAGAACGCCCCUGGCGCCGCGAGACAAUGUGCAGGCUGGAAAUGCGGAGGAGAAGAAUAAGGAGAGAGUUCUGCCGCAGAGAUUCUCUUCCCCUGCUGGAGCGAAGAGAUCUGUUUCUGCUGGAAGGAAGAAUGUUUCGGCGGAGAAGAGGGAUCCGUCUCCUGCUGGGAAACUGGGGAAGAGGUCUUCGUCUCCAGCUCCGUCGAAAUGCGUGGUGCCGAGUUUGGCGGCGGCGAGGGAGGAGAACAGGAGAGUGGCGAGGGAGCCGGCGAUUAUAGUCCCGUCGAGGUACCGCCAGCCGUCGCCGACCACCGGGAGGAGGCAGGCGUCGCCGAACCCGAGGCGGCUUUCGUUGUCUCCGGGGCGGAGGCUCUCUGGAGUCAAGGAUUCCGCCGGGAAGAAGAAGAUCGCGGCGAUUGUUGCCGGGAUUUCCAAAGUCUCCGAAGCUCUCGUUGGAUCCGGUAAGAGCAGUAGAAAAUCCUGGGACGAAACUCCGCCACCUGCGGCAGAGCUGAGAGAGAAGAAUGAGGUGAAGAAGAAGGUGGAUAGAAGCUCAAUUCUCCGGACUCAGGCUGCCUUGUCUAGGCGCUUGAGCGACGCCGGUCGCCAUUCCAAUCACGAUGACGAUGACAAUGAUGAUUGUUCGAGCAUCGAGAAAGGAAAGCUGAAUUCCCCUGGGGGAUCUACUGAUAGCGAGAAGCCAGCUGGUAGAGCAAUUGGAUUCACUGUACAUGAGAAGAAAUGGACCGAUGGAACCGUUCCAUUCGAUGCAGUUUCAUCAGAUCUUGCUCUGCUUGGAAAGGAAGCCAUCCAAAGGAGGAUUCUGGCUUCUACAGCAGCAGCAGAAGCCCUGGAAGAAGCCAUUGCCACAGAAUCCAUCAUCAGAAGCUUAAGCAUAUUCUCAGACCUCUCAUCAACAUCCAAAUCCAAACCCGGGAACCCCUUGCCCACCAUAGACCGCUUCAUUGCCCUGUACGACGACGUUCACAAGUACACACAGACUGCUCAAUCAGUCGCCACCAGCCACUCUUCUUCUGCUUCCGAUCACGAAGUCAUCGCACCAACGGAGCAGUCCAAAGCAGCUUCCUUGUGGGUCGAAGCCGCAUUAUCUACAGACCUCGAGAUUGUCUCGGUUCUGAAUAGAAAUAGUACCACCACUACUGCUACUGAAGAUCAUCAUCUUCAUCAUCGACCGAGUAAUUCUCCUUCCCUCCCGAGAAGUGGCUCGAAACGACAGUCCUCCAAGGGAAACUCUUCUUCUUCAUUGUCAUCGCCGAACGACGGAGCUCGUGUUGCUGCGGAAAGAGGAGGGGCUUGGAGGAGAGGCUGCGGGAUGAAUGAAACGGUGGAGAUGGGGAAGAAGGUGGAAGCAGAGAUGGAGGUUUGGUUCGUCAGGUUUGUGGAGGAAGCUUUGGAUGCAGGGUUUAGGGCGCUGGGUGGAGAUGUGCCGCUUGAGGCUAGCUCGAUUGCGGCCAUCUUGUCUCAACUGAAGAGGGUGAACGGGUGGUUGGAUAAGGUGGCGGGGAAAGGGGAGAAGGCCAUGAUUGAGAAGAUUGAGAAGCUGAAGAGGAAGAUAUAUGGUUUCGUUAUUCAGCAUGUUGGCACGACUUUUUGAAGAGUUUCGAAACGAAACGUUUCUGAUAUUCAGCACGUUGCAACGAAAGGAAAGCUAUCUUGGCUUCAGAAUGUGCUUCUGCUGCUAUUAGGGGGUCUUUGGAUGGUUUUGAUAGAACCGUUUUCCCCUCACAAUGUUCAUUUUCCUUCCUGCUUCUUUCUCAUUGCCUUUCCCACUUGAAAUCAGAAUUUGAAGUGUUUACUGUUUACUAGUGUGUCGUGUAUGUAACUAUGUUUGCAAAAUCGUAUCAUGUCCAUGAUUCGAUUGAAUUACUGCUUAUUAGAGCUUAAAUCGAUAAAUAAUUUCAGCAUGGUUGACACAUAAUCAACCACAAUUUCGUAA